ACGGUAGGUUGAGCCCACUGAGGUCCAUAGACAUUUGACAGCUUCACAGGUGAGACAGGCGUCCGGAGGCUGUUUCACUUUCACAUUUCAGUUUUUUUUCCCCUCCCUUGGAACACCAUUCACUGUGAGCCUGGGGUUGCCACAUUCAAAAAACAACCUUUCGAAGUCUAAUCAUUCCGGCAGCAUGAGCAAAAAGAAAAAGGACUGGAAGACUGAAAAAGAGAGACUGCUCCGUCUGGAUGGGGAAGAGAGACGCAAGGAGUAUCGUCGUCAAGAAUUUAUAUCUCUGGACAAGAUUCCUACCUGGAGAGAGGACAACCAAGUCGAUGACAAAGAGGAAGAAAAAGAGCUGAUGGGUGGAGGAGGGCUAAGCGAUAAAGUAUCUCUCUACAAAGGAGAUAUUACCGUCUUGGAGGUGGAUGCCAUAGUCAAUGCUGCAAACUCCAGUCUUCUGGGAGGAGGGGGAGUUGAUGGCUGCAUACACAAAGCGGCAGGGUCCUGUCUGUACGACGAGUGCCACUCACUAAACGGCUGUGACACCGGCAAAGCCAAGAUCACCUGUGGAUAUGAUCUCCCUGCAAAAUAUGUGAUCCACACUGUGGGCCCAGUGGCCAGAGGACAUGUGGGCCCUACCGAGACCAAUGACCUCACCUCCUGCUACCAGAACUCCCUCAGGCUGAUGAAGGAGCAUGGCUUGAGCACUGUGGCUUUCCCGUGUAUAUCCACAGGAAUCUAUGGCUUUCCCAAUGAGCCUGCAGCUGACAUCGCUCUGAACACAGUAAAAAGCUGGAUUGAAGAGAAUUCCGAUAAGAUCUCACGGGUCAUUUUCUGCGUCUUCCUCGAGACCGACUUUACCAUCUACAAGAAGCAAAUGUCUGUGAUUUUUCAAGACAAUGACAUGGAGGUUACAGAGGAGCAGCUGAAGGGGGAUAACACACCGCCAUCCACAAAAUCCACAACCAAGGAAGAAAGGGAAGAUAUCAACAGAGGUAAAGAGGAAAUAGGUGAUGAAGAAGAGGGCGACAAUGAUGCUGGGGGAAAAGAGGACGUGGAGAUGGGGAGUCAAAAUCCAGAUGAAGAUGUAGGAAACGAGGAGCCAAAUCAAGAAAAGAUUGAAGAGAAAAAUGAAAACCAAGAGAAAAAGGAGGAUAUGGACAACAACGACAGAGCUGAGGAGAAAGGCAUCGACAAAGAUAAAGAUAAAGGAGACAAAGCAGAGGAAGAAAAACCUGCAGCAAAGACAGAAGACGAGGAAACAGAAAAGUCCACUGUGGACAUGGAAGAUGUUUCCGAGAUCAAUGAACCUGGCACCAGCAAUGGAGAGGAGAUGAAAGAUCAUGUUGAGAGCUCAGAAGAACCUGAUUCAAUUCCAACCGACAGCAAUCAGUCCAAAGACACUGUUGAGAAGAAGGAAUGACCAGCCGAGGGAAAGGACAAUCAACCUCAUCUGACAGCCAGCAAACUGUGCAGAGGCCAACCACACUGGUGUCAGACCGGCCCAUGUCAGCUGUGGCUCUGACACUGGCCCAGGACGCUCACAUUCCCGACUUUAUUUAGCCUUUUCUUCCCUCUUUGUUAAGAAACUACUCAUCCCGUCUGUAUGUAUAUGUAUGUAUGUAUGGCCAAAACCUUGCUAUAUGACUUGAACAUAUCAACCACAAAAGAUGAGCCAUAACUCACUGUGCGUUAGAGUCAUACAUCAUUUUCAAGGCUGGGUGCGAUGAGAUAAACCAGGUUAAAGUCUCUUUUUCUUUUUUCUCUUAUCUCAACCCACUGUGAGAGCAUGGCAGAGCUGUCAGAGGACAACAGACAGAGCUCCUACAUGUUGACACUCCAGGCUGGGUGAUGCUUAACAUCAUCCACCCUUUUGUUCUUACAACUCAACUGACGCCGCCGCCGUCAUGAUGACACCCAACGGUGACACCACCCUGCAUUUGUGAGCCUCUUUGGAGUGCAACACACUGACACCUGCCAUGUCUCCUCACACGCUCCUGCAGAUCGAGCUCCAUUGUUUAGUUAAAUCAACCGAUACCUUGAUUCAAUAAGGCGAGGUGCCACUUCCAGGCCUUUCAUCUAUGAACAUCACUGAUUAUAUGUCUUAUCUCCACCGCUGCUGUAACUGCAGCUUAACUCGUUUUACAAGGAAACUCUCCAUCAGCGCCCACGCACACUUAAGAGGAUGUGAGUGUCUUUUAACAAAUCGAUUACCCCCCUCCCUUUUUUUUCUAAGCCAUUUCCAGUGCAUGCCAGAAAAUUGCUUUGAACGUCCCCAACAUAAAACAGGAUUUACUGUCCUAUUCGCUUUCGCUUGUCUCUUUACCAGAUUGUCUAUAAUUGUAUCGAAGGAAUCUGCCUUAUUUCAUAAGAAACUACAAAACACAAUCACAGACCUAUGGAGGUGGUCCAAGUAUGAAUUCUUGGUUGUGUAACGCUUGCUGAUGAUUUGUAAUUUUAAGUACAUCAUGUAAUGGCUAAUACCUGUCGUUAAUGUUUUCUUUGUUUUCCUUCAAUUGAUUAGAAAAAAUGGUUGGUUUGGGUUUCUUUUAUUGUUGGUAUGAUUCAUGAAUUAUUUUCAGUGGUGCCAUACAACAGAUCAGAUGGAUAAUUAAAGUUAUAUGAAAUGAUGCCUUCAUACUUUGAUGUUUGCUUUGCUAAACUAUAACAGAAACAACUAAUAAAGUUAAAGGUGGAAGCCAUGUCUCAGCUUUUAA